AUGACAGAUCGACAUACUGAGGCUGCGGAACGGCAACCAUUGAUUGACCCUCGCGACAGAUACACACGGAUACCACAGAGUCAAGAUGAAGAGAAUGGACCAGCGGCGACCAACACACACAAUGUCACACCUCAGCAGCAGGGAGAGGACGAGAGUAGUCGGCUAGCAGCAAUUCAGGCAUUACCGUGGUACCGGCGGCCGAGCAUUAGCUGGUUGCUGCCAUUUGUGUUCUUCCUCGUGCUUGUGAUGGGGAUCAGUCAGGCACCUCAAGAGCAGUUGAUCAUUGAAAUCAUAUCACUUGCUGCUGUUGUGCUGGGACGGGUUCGAGCGCUCAAGUACACCUCAGGGAUGUUCACGAUCGGAUUUCUUACAUCUUUGUCGGACAAGUAUGGACGCAAGGCCUUAAUAUACCUCACACUGGUGCCUGGAGUACUGACUCAGCUGCUGAUCUUGUACAUGGCCCGUCCUACAUCCAAUCUCGGCGUCGGUGUCCUCUAUGCCGAUGGACUCUUCAUGGGCAUCAUGGGUGCAGGCAUCCUUCUGGAGCCAUGUCUGAAUGCAUAUGUUGCGGACUGUACACCUCGUCUGGGCAGAAGUAUAUCGAUUGGAUAUGUGAUGGUCUCGUUAUCUGUCGGCAUGACAGUUGGACCUCUUAUUCCACGUUAUCUGAAAGACUCUAGUAGUGCGGUUCUUGUCUCUGCCUGUACCUUGAGCUUCAUGAUGAUCUAUUCGGCCUUCAUGCCCGAGUCGCUUCCCAAGCAUUUGCGUGCAAAGUCGGUUGUGGACGAUAAUGAGACGGCCUUGGGUGUCCCUGUGUCUUCCUCGUCUCCUGUGGUCAUCCCCGCAAAGAGGUAUCCAUCGCCGUUGGCGAGGAUGAAAGAUUGGAUGAUAACCAUUGUCAAGCCUGUGCUGUUGUUUCUUCCUGGAAAAAUUGAGCCUACGCCUGAUGUCAACGUCCCGCCGUCACCAUACAUGCUUCUUAAUCUUGUGUUCCGUUGGGAGGUCGAGCAGGAUGGCUACUACCUUGCUUUGAACGGAGCUUCGACAUUUAUUGUUUACGUAGGUAUCUUUCCACUACUCCAAAAACUCUACGCGAGAGUCUAUGAUGCCAAGAAAGCCUCCAAAGCCGGCACUCUCACCGAUGACCACCCCGCAUACUCCGCGGACGAUAACUCUAGUUCCACAGCUUCUGCCAAAGUGACGACCAAUCCAGCCACAGGGAACGAUUUGGCGUUUUUUAUCUUUGGCAGCGCCGUGUAUGCAGUUGCAUACCUACUUGUGCCUAUCUUCAAAACUGAGGCAGCUUUGUACUUGUGUAAGGGAACAUCCCAUUAUCCUGAUCGUUUUCAGGUUCAUUGA